CUACCAUCGUCAUUCAUGUCUGGAUAUGGCAAGAGCAGCUGUGUUCAUCAUUUUUCUGGUUCUCCAAUUACUUCAUUUGGGUAGCUGCCGGUCUGUUAAACACUCUAAUGUGCUCAUUUCCGAUGGGUUAGAAGACAAGUUGAUCAACCAGUCUUCUUCACUCCUACAAGUACUGGAUGAACUUAAGGCAGAUACAGUAACUUGUGAGCCCAUUUAUGGAUUCUUGCCUUGUGCUACAUCAAUCUGGGGGCUGGCUUUCAUGGUAAUAGUCUACGAGAUCUUGCUCUACCUCGCAAAUAGCUACAUUACAAGAGGAUCUGAACUCUUCUUUAAGAUGUAUGGGACUGGAGUCUUUGGUGCCAGUGUCUUCCACUUGCUUGGCACAAUCCCACAAGUAGGAAUUGUUCUUGUGACUGGAGUUGCAGGAACUGCAGCAACCGCAGAAGCAAUGGCGACAAUGAGCAUUGGCAUGGUUGCAGGGUCUGCAAUCAUGCUUCUUACACUAGUAUGGGGUUCUGUUGUUGCAUUUGGCAGCUAUGACAUCUCGGAGUCUCCAACUUCCUCAAAUCAAGGACAUAAGAAGGGUUUCAGUAUCACUGGUUAUGGAGUAACAACUGAUUCUGACACUCGUGCAACUGCAAGAAUCAUGGCGGUGUCAUUGAUCCCCUUUCUCAUUCUUCAAGUGGCUAAAGUACUCAAUUCAACCUCAGGGAUUCGUAUCGUGAUCUUAGUUUCUCUACUUGUUUCAAUUGCAUUCCUCGCCACUUACUGCAUCUAUCAGGUCUUUCAGCCAUGGAUUCAGAACAGAAGACUGGAAUUUUUGAUGAGUAAAUAUGUCCAGAAAACCUUGUUACCGAGUUUUCUCACUGCAAGCGGAGACCCUAAUAUAUCAAAUAUACACGAGGUCUUUACUAGGAUCGACCAAAAUCACAAUACAUUUAUAUCAGCAUAUGAACUGAGAUCAUUGAUCCUAGGAAUACAAAUAGGAGAAGUAGGUUUAGAGAGUGAUUGUGUAGAUAAGGCAAUGGAGGACUUUGAUAUAUCUGGUGAUUCUCAAAUAUCUGAGCAAGAGUUCGUUAAUGGAAUCUCGAAAUGGGCAACGUCUUCUGUCAACAGUCAAGUUCAAGGACAUAGAAGGUUUUCAAGCAGCAAAUCCGAGAAAGCUUUGGAAGUGAAGAAGAAGCAAGAAUCUGUGAAACAGAAGAUUAAGCUUACUGAUAAAACAUGGAUGAAUCAACUUGAGGCUGCUUAUCUAUUGAUCCUCGGUAUUGGCAUUAUGAUCUUGCUUGCAACACCCCUCAUGGUGACUAUCCAAGAGUUCUCUACUGCUGCAAGCAUCCCUUCAUUCUUUACCUCUUAUGUGUUGGUACCUUUGGCUAUCAACUAUGGACAGGCAUUGCAACUAAUAACUUCUGCUCAAGACAAGACUGAGAAUGCCAUCUCCUUAUCACUUUCAGAGAUUUAUAAUGGCGUAUUCAUGAACAACGUUAUGGGAUUAACCAUGUUCUUGGCACUUGUUUACAUACGUGAUCUGUCAUGGGAUGUUUCUGCAGCAGUUUUGGCUGUUCUGGUCAUUUGCUCAGUAAUGAGUAUAUAUGCCAGCUUGAGCCAAAAGUUCCCAUUUUGGACUUGUAUUUUAGCCUACGUCAUGUACCCCAUAUCAUUGCUGAUGAUUUACAUUCUCACCACUUAUUUUGGAUGGACUUGAAGUCAGAAGUUACAGUGUAGCAUCAUAACAGAUUUUAGUCUGUAAUUUGUUAAAGUAAUUCCAUUCAGACAUGUAAUUCUGUCAGAUAGGUAAUCGUAGAGAAAUCAAACUCAACUUUACAUGUAAUUCUGCUUUACUGCCAUUUGAAGUUUAAUUCUUUUGUUUGUGUUUUAUUUUAACCAUAUGUGUUGCUCUA